UUGCUGCUGAAAGUGGCCCGCCAGCUAGAGGAGCCCCAUUCGAGCGCCACGGUUUACCAUGGAGGGCAGCAAGAAGGCCAAGACCGAAGACUUGGAGGUGACGGGAGUGUCACGCAGCGGCCGCGUGCGCAAAAAGUCCUCAAAACUGAUGGAUUUCGAGUCGCCCGACGACAUUGAGCGGGGCUUCGCCAAGCGGGCGGCGCCCGCCAAGCGCCCAGAGACGCCCAAGCGGGCGGCCAAGCCGGAGGAGGCGCCGCCCUUCGCAGAGGCGGGCAGCGACUCGGAGUACGGCAGCGAGUACGAGCAGCCGGCCGAGAGCAGUGUGGACGACUCGGUCGAGUCGGAGAGCGACCUGGAGGAGAACGAGGGCGGCUUCAAGCGGCUGGACGCAAGCCGCAAGUCGCAGCUGGUGAUCAGGGACGGCAAGAUCGUGAAGGCGGCCAAGGGCGACCCUGGGGCGCCCCGCAUCCGGACGCCCAAGCGGUCGCCGCCCAGCCCCAAGGCGAAGGAGGCCUACAAGGUGACCGGCAUCAAGCCCAUCGACGUGGCCGCGCACCUCAAGCUGCUGGGCGAGAGCCUCACCAUCAUCGGGGAGCGGCUCAAGGAGCACGAGGGCCAGAUCGCGGUGUCCGGGAGCCUCUCGGUGCUGCUCGACUCCCUGCUGUGCGCCCUGGGGCCUCUCAUGUGCCUGACGCAGCAGAUCCCCGAGCUGCAGCAGGGCUGCUGCAGCCCCGAACAGCUGCUGAGCACGCUGGACAACGUCGCCUUUAUCAUGCCUGGAUUGUAGCUGGAAUUAAACCGCUUUAGUAUUAUUUCAGCGAACGCGUUUAUUUAGCAGGCGGCCGCGCUGGCGCGCUUCUUGGGCUUCAUGCCGGGCGGGUGGUUGACGCACUGCGCCCGGCAGGGCUCGUCGUACUGGCAGGCGUCCUCCUUGGGCGCCCAGUGCUUGCAGCAGGGCCGCACGCACGCGCCCGGCUGGUACUGGGCGCGCUUCUUCUUGGCCUUGGGCGGGCAGGGCUGGAUCUGGGCGCCCCACACGCCGCACGGGUGGCAGCCGGGCGGCGGCGUCAGCCGCAUCGUGCAGGGCUGGAACCCCGUCGGGCACCCCUUGUCCUCGGCGGGGGGCGGCGGCUUUUUGCCGCAGCAGGGGCUUCGGCCGUCGGUGGUCACGCCGUUGCAGCGCCCGCGGCGCGGGUCCGCCCCAGCCCCCCCGCUGGCCUCCGCGUGCCAGUCCACAUUGUAGUUGUUGUAGAAGUUGGAGUAGCGCGUCCUCUCCGCCUCCUCCUCGCUCAUGGCGGGCUGCGCCCACUCAAUCAGUCAACCGGCCCUGGGGCGCACGUGUGGUACAUACCUGCUGGCUGCUGGGCGCGGCGCACGGCAGCUGCAGCGGCUUCACCGGCUGGGGCACCGUAGGCGCCAUUAUGGGGGGCGCGCUCACCAUGCAGCAAGUCACGCACGGGUCCUGCGUGGGGGCGCACUGCGCCCCGCUGUCGUAGCGCUGCACCAGCUGGCGCAGCCCAGCCACCAGGUCGGCCGCCAUUUUGGGCCCCAAACACGAAAAUUUUCUGGACAAAACUGGAAUUUUCCUGACCGCUGACACGGUUGAUCGGCGUCGCCUGGCAACGCGGGCUCGAGCAGGCGUAGCAAACAAAACGCCGCGUCGUCCCGGGCAACCGAUCAACACUCACAUCGCGUGCGACAAGCUGCUGUGCAACAGUGCUCCAAAUUCCAGUGAUUUUCCCCCCCAGAAGCCCCAAAAUGUCCUGCUGCCCUCCUGCCUGCUGCCCGCCUGCCUGCUGCGUCCCCACCUGCUGCCCCCCCGUCUGCUGCAUGCCGUGCUGCGUCCCGUGCGUGUACGUGCCCUGCUGCUUCCCGUGCCCGCCCUGCUGCCCCUGUCCCCCCAAGUGCUGACCCCCGAAGGACAUGAGGGGCUUCGCCCCGAUAGUUUAGCAACGAAAUGUCAUAAAAACGCCAAGUAAAACGUCUAAUUCA